AUGGCGUGCGUCGUCGUCGGCAUCGCGACCGUGGACUUGGUGCAUCUCGUGCCGGACUACCCCCAAGAGGACAGCAAGACGCGCAUCCGCGUGACGCGCAAAGUUCGCGGCGGCAACGGCACCAACGUUCUGGUCGUGAGCGCGCAGCUGAAUAGCUUUGCCUCCUACCACUGGAUCGGGAGCCUCGUGGAUCCGUCAACCAACGCAGAUGCGCGCUUCAUCGUCGACGACCUUGCCGCGCACGGCGUGUACGCAUCGUCCUGCCAAGUCCACGGGUCGGGCGCGAUGCCCACGUCGCACAUUAUGCUGAGCGACGCCAACGGAUCGCGUACGAUCUUCCAUCACCGCGACUUGCCCGAAGUGAGCGAUGAUCAUGUUGCGACCGCCCUCGCCACGCUCUCGGACGUGGCGUGGGUCCACUUCGAGUGCCGCGACGCGCUUAGUCAGCUACGCAUGAUCCGCGUCACCCGCGUGACGCAGCCUCGAGCAACGAUAUCGCUCGAGGUCGAGGGCCCGCGCCACGCCUGGGACGACGUCCAGCAGCUCCUGCCGCAUGUUGCCUAUGCCUUCAUCGCUCAAGGCUACGUCACGUCGCUGGGCCAUGCCACCGCGCUUGAUUUCUUCACUGAGCUGACGGCCAUGUCUGCAAUCGCCACGAGCGAUCUGCGGGCGGUCGUCGUGCCAUGGGGAGCCGACGGAGCGUUCGUCUGGUGCACGGCGACCAACGUCAUGGACCACGUGCCGGUGGACCCGAUUGCCGAGCUGCUCGACACGGUUGGUGCUGGCGACACGCUCGUGGGAGCGACCAUCUCGGCGCUUGGCGCUGGCCUCGCAACGCGCGACGCGGUGGCUGUCUCGUGGCGCGAGCCAAAUGCCUCCAGAUUGGACUAG